CAACCUCAAAAACACAGUUCAGUGUGGAGAGCGGAAAAAUAACGCCUUCUGCUGGUUUAUUCAUCGUGUUAACAGCUAAACCUCAAGUCUGCAGAGCUUCAGGACUGAGUUUGAGUGAACGUGGACCAGGUGUUUAUCACAGGAGUUUAAGGCAUCAAGACCCACAGUUCCUGUCACCAUCACUGUAAAUAAUUCAGUGUAAAGAAGUUAAAAGGUGCAAACCUGCAGCAGCGACAGAGGAAAUGGCAUAUACUGUUAUGCUGAUGAUGGGUUUUCUUUCUGUUGUUGUCAUGCAGUGCAGUGCAGAAGAAACAGAGAAAGGUUCAUGCUACCGUAUAGCCCCAGGUACCCUGGCAGGUGCUGUUCUUGGUGACAUUGCUCUUACAAUAUUCAUCGUUGGCGUCACCUAUUGCUGCGCUAGUAAACGCCGGCAGAAGAAGGAAAACGCUGAAAAGGUCUACAUGAACGUCAGAGCAAACUGCAAACCCUGACGAGCCGGACAGGAUUAAGCUCUGAACAGCUACAUAAUCCUUGACCACUGACAAAAAAACUACAUAGUGCUUUAUGAAUACAAAUACAGGGUCUGGACAAUGAAACUGAAACACCUGUCAUUUUAGUGUGGGAGGUUUCAUGGCUAAAUUGGAGCAGCCUGGUGGCCAAUCUUCAUUAAUUGCACAUUGCACCAGUAAGAGCAGAGUGUGAAGGUUGGUUCAAUUAGCAGGGUAAGAGCACAGUUCUGCUCUAAAUAUUGCAAUGCACACAACAUUAUGUGUGACAUACCAGCGUUCAAAAGAGGACAAAUUGUUGGUGCACGUCUUGCUGGCGCAUCUGUGACCAAGACAGCAAGUCUUUGUGAUGCAUCAAGAGCCACAGUAUCCAGGGUAAUGUCAGCAUACCACCAAGAAGAACCAACCACAUCCAACAGGAUUAACUGUGGACGCUGUAAGAGGAAGUUGUCUGAAAGUGAUGUUCAUAAAACCACGGCUGAUCAAAUCACGGCAGAAUUCAAUGUGCACCUCAACUCUCCUGUUUCCACCAGAACUGACCGUCACCACAAUAAAUGAUUGUGCUCUAAAACCAGGUGUUUCAGUUUCAUUGUCCAACCCCUGUAGGUCUUUUCAUGUCAUGAAAAAGCUACUGAAUUGUUUUUUCAAUGAACAGUUUAUGAGUAAUGAAUGAUUUUUGUUGUGUUUAAACCCCGCUCACUAGAUAGCAGUGUUGAGUUUUUAUAUUAUGGCAUUUUCUAAAGGUCUUAAAAUUUGAUUUAACCAAUCUCAGUAUAACACCUUGCUUACAGCAGUGUUCAUUUUGACAGGUGAUUUUGACGUAGUUAUUGUAGUCUAGUUUUAACGAAAACCAAAAAAACAUUAGUCAAAUAAAUUGUAGUCAAAAUUCCGAGCUAUUAAGCGCACCUGAAUGUAAUCUGCACCCACUAAUUUUAAAAAGAAAAAAAGAAUUGGAAAUAUACAGGCUGUACCUGAUUAUUAGCCCCAGCUGUCCACAUUAUAGACAUUUACAUUGAGGAAAUAAAAAACAUGUCAGCUUCCACCUUAGACAAACACUUAAACCUUAUUUCUGCAAAAAAAAAAAAAAAAUCACAUCAUAAAACAGUAUUUUAGUAUCACUAACAAUGUUUUAAUUCUGUGUGUAAAAACCUGUGUGGAUGAC